CUGGUUUUUAAAAAACAGUAAAAUCGUGUCAAACUUUGUGGUUUUUAUUUACAGUUACCAUUCAAUGCCAUUUCAAACGCGACGUUUGUACGAUGUCAAUCCUUUUACCACACAGAUGUACACUUACAUUUGCCAUCACUGGGUUUGACGGUAGUGAUUCUCUUAGCUUCUCUUUGUGCAAAUUGUUUGGCGAAUUAAAAUAACAUGAUUGUCAGGUGUGAAUUGCAUGUGCGCACCAACCGCACCAUUGCGUUUCUAUUCACUCUCAAUCUGACCACCGGCUGGAGGAAUAACGACGACGCCACAAGUUAGCUGCAGCUACCGAGCUAACUUUAGCGCACUUAAUAUUGUUUACCAAAGAAAUGGUGAUGGAGAAGCCAAGUCCCCUGCUUGUCGGGCGGGAGUUUGUGAGGCAGUAUUACACACUCUUAAACAAGGCACCAGAUUUCCUUCACAGGUUUUAUGGGAGGAACUCUUCCUAUGUUCAUGGAGGACUUGACCCGAAUGGGAAGCUGGCAGAAGCGGUGUAUGGGCAAGCGGAAAUCCACAAGAAGGUUAUGUCCCUGCAGUUCAGUGAAUGCCACACAAAAAUCAGGCACGUUGAUGCCCACGCGACAUUGAGUGAUGGCGUGGUGGUUCAAGUCCUUGGAGAACUGUCCAACAGUGGUCAGCCCAUGAGGAAGUUUAUGCAAACGUUUGUGCUUGCACCAGAGGGAUCCGUGGCAAACAAGUUCUAUGUCCACAACGACAUCUUUCGUUAUGAAGAUGAGGUUUUUGGAGAUUCUGAAGCUGAACUUGAUGAAGAAUCAGAGGAGGAAGUUGAAGAGGAGCCUGAGGAGAGGCAGCCUUCCCCUGAGCCACUUCAGGAAAGCCCCAGCAGCACCACCUAUUAUGAACCACACCCUGUUACCAAUGGAGUAGAGGAGCCCAUGGAGGAACCAGCACCAGAACCAGAGCCCGAUCCUGAACCUGAGCCCAAAUUAGAAGAGAUAAAGCCUGAAGUAGAUGAGAAGGUUCUGGAAGAGAUGGAGGAGAAAGCACCUUCACCAGUUCCUGUGGAAUCCCCACCUAACACCCAGGAGCCUCCCAAGACCUUCUCCUGGGCCUUGGUGACCAGUAAAAACCUGCCUCCCGCCGGCACAGUCACCUCAUCUGGAAUCCCACCUCAUGUUGUUAAAGUGUCAAGCUCACAGCCCAGAGUUGACGCCAAGAUGGAGACACAGACGGCACCCCUUCGGCCCAGAGACCAGCGCACACGAGACAGACCAGCCUUUACUGCACGGGGGCCAAGACCUGAUGGUGUUACAUCUUCAGAGUCCCAACCGGGGAAACCUCACUUGAGUUUUGUUAACAAAGGUGGCAGAGGAGAUGCAGAAUCUGGUGACGUGGACAGCAGGCGGAUUGUCCGGUACCCAGACAGCCACCAGCUUUUUGUCGGCAACCUCCCACAUGAUAUUGAUGAGAGUGAGCUCAAAGAGUUCUUCAUGACUUAUGGAAAUGUGGUGGAGCUGCGGAUCAACACGAAGGGUGUUGGUGGAAAGCUCCCCAACUUUGGAUUUGUGGUCUUUGACGAUUCUGAUCCUGUGCAAAGAAUUCUGGGGGCGAAGGUAGAAGGGCCCAUUAUGUUCCGAGGAGAAGUGCGUCUGAAUGUGGAGGAGAAGAAAACGAGGGCGGUGCGUGAACGAGAGACUCGUGGAGGAGGAGAUGAGCGCCGGGACAUGAGGCGUAACGAUCGGGGCUCCGGAGGUUCACGGAACAUCGUAGGAAGUGGAAUGAUGCGUGAGCGCGAUGGGCGGGGACCCCCACCCCGAGGCGGCAUGGCGCCUAAACCUGGAAUGGGCUCUGGAAGAGGUUCUGGUGGGCAGGGAGAGGGUCGCUUCACAACCCAACGCCGCUGAAGAGCGCACCACCUUCAGUGUGGAAGAACAAGAGUUCUUCAUGCUCAACCGUUCUCGUUAACGAAAAGAAAUCUCCAUGUAUAAACAUAUUUUUGUUUUUUGUUUAUUUUUUAUUUUUUGUUCCCUCUUUGCUUUGGAAUGUGACACAGCCUGUCAACCAUUUGUUUGUGAAAUAGACGAAACAAAAUACGCAAACACAAAUUUUCCUUGUUAUUUGUGAGUUGAGCAUACUUUUUAGGUAGCUCAAGAAUUCACAAACUUUAAUUUGUAAAUUCGUGAAAAAAGGCAAACCAACCAGGAGUAAUUUGCCAUAUUAAGAGGGACUGAUGAGACUUUAAACUUCGAUAAUACAGCCCAUCAUUUGGAAAAGAGAUUAUAUGCCUUGACUUAACUGGGGCGCUGCUUCACGAAAUCCCUCUAUUGCACAUUUUAUAUGGUAGUUUUCUGCCCAUUACUGUUGGAAAAGAGUGAGAUGCAAAAUUUGUGCAGUACCAGGGGAAAAGGCCUGCCUUUUUACUUUUUCCUUUUGAGAGACCACUGCUUCGAAAUUGCAUAAUGCACUCAUCAAUAUGCACUAAUAGGUACUUUUUGUCAUGUUGCAUUGACACCCAUGCUCGGAACGCAGCUGGAGAGACCUCUUUUGUCUCGUAGCUAUACGACUUACUGGGGCAGGCCUCGCUCACAGCCCGUCUGCUGUGACCAAUGUACUUUUCACACUUUUGACCCAAAACUACACUUCAAUUACUGCUGGAUGGACAACAUGACAAGCAAAAUCUGCAUUAUAUUUUUCUUGUUAAUAAAUCAAAUUUAAAAAGUGCAAAUCCUGGACUUUCACCAAGAGAUUUGGGGGCCAAAGGAUAAAACUCAAAGUCGAACAAUAAAAGAGUGGUGAUGAUGGAGAGCUCGCUUCCCCCCCUUUGGAUUCCAAGUUUAUUUUUCUUCAUGUUUUUCCCUGCCAGUUAGAUCACAGAACUGGGAUGGAUGCACCUUUUCCCUCCCUCUUGCCUCCCUUCUUGUCUUAAGUGCAGACAACAGAAUAAAUGUGCAGCGAAGAUCAUAGUUUACUGUAUGUUUGGUUUUGUGUGUAUAUAUGUGUAUAUUUUUUUUCUUUCAACUUGAUAAAAGCAUGAUGGUGCCUUCUAUUUCACCUUUCCAGUCUUACUAAAGUUAAAAAACAAAAAAAAACAACAACGGUUUGGGACUUGCUGCCUCCUAAGAUAUGGAGCUGCUCAUUUUGAACUAUUGUCGACUGGGAGCAGAUUAAAAAAAACAAACUGCAGUAUUCACAAGAUUAAGUUUUUAUUUCCAGGUGCAAAUUUCAUUUUCCAUACUGUUUGACUACCUAAGAUGAUCUGCUGUGUGUUUUAUACAUUUGUCUUUUUUUAUUGUCUGUUCUGGGUUUUUAAGAGACAAUAGGUGCCUCGACUUCAGUUUGAUGUUAAAUGGUUAAGAGGUGCAUCAACCAAGCAACCCCCAACCAAAAAAAGGUACAUUAAAAUACGGAUGACGACAGUGAGAUGCUUGGUCCUUGGUUUAACAAAGUCAUAGCUUCACACAGACAUGAUCCCAGUGAACUAAGGUUUGUAUUUAUUGUCUCAAUGGGAUUCUGACACUGUUAGUCCACACCGUCAGCUUGACCGUAGUUGCUGCCUCUCACGGCAGCACUUGGGUUGAUUCUUUAACUCACAAGUUAUCGGACUGUUCUUUACUCGGAAACUAUUUUGUAAUCCGUGCGGAUGGGCUGGCGGCAGCUCUAGCCUACAAACAAGCACGUAAACAUGUCACUUUUCUAGCCAUUAAUGCAUUUGUGUUUUCAUAUGCUGAUUGUUCAUUGUGCUUAUUUUUAUUUUUUUACUUCAAGGCAAAUCGAAAUCUCAUUGCCUUACCAGUUGAUUCCUCCGUGUCGUUGGGAAUUGUUUGUUUUUGCCACUCUGUCAGGUGGGAAGGCAUUGGGUCUUAGCUGGAGAGGAAAACAUGACGCGAGAUGUUAUCUUUUUAUUUUUUGUUUUCAUGAUCUUGCACUGAAAUGGAAGUGAAAAUUUACGUAGCAUUUUUUUGGACAAAUACUAAUGAGGUCUUCCUUGUCUGGUAUUGCACUAUUUUCAACAUUUUCUGGGACAAUCUCACUUUGAACACAAGCCUCUCCAAAUUUCUCCCCUGGCAGUGAAAACAAGAUUCAGUGUGAAGUGUUUGCUCUCUCACAGUUGGGACAUAAUUUGAUGUGCACACAUGUUCUAAUGCAGUUUUUGGCUGCUCUCCCUUGUCAGGUGGGAUUAAAUAUUUUGGGAUAGUUUUGUCAUCACCCUUUGACACAUAAUUAGAUGUUAACUACAGCCCUUUUGAAGGUUUUAACACAAUUGGUGCCGCUACUCCAAAUGUUUUGUCAUGUAAUUGGUGAAUACAGGCACUUUCUACAACAAUGGUCAGUAAAGAGUGAAGAAGAGCCAUCAUGCUUUCAGACCAAUCUUGUGCUUUUACAUUGUAGUGGUGGUUAAAAAAAAAAAUUAAGUUAAAACAUUGCAUUUGCUGUUGAACAGUUCUUCUGUUUUGAGGUUUUUUUCUUUGUCCUUUUUUCCAAACAUAAAUGGAUCCACCAAAGUAGAAGGAUGAGUAAAACAAGGCUGUGCAUUUACUUUCCUGUGGUUGAAAAUGUAGUAGAGUGGAUCCUCAAUGUGAAUCAUUCCACCCGUUUUCCUUUUCUUUCUUCCUUCUUUUUGUUAAAUUGAAGUAGAACCUUCUUGGCUUUAGUGGAUGUGGUAAACAGUUGGCUGCCAUCUUCAGUUUAUUGUGUUUACUGUUAUUGCUAUUACAAAACUGUUGCAGGUUGAGAAUCUUUUGAUUUUUUUUUCUUUUCUUUCGUUUUUUCCUUUCCAUUUUGAAUGUGUUGGACUUAACAUACAAUAAACUACUGAUAUCAGCA